AUUUUGAAGUUUUGAACGUAAUGAGAGGACGGUCGCCUUCCAGUUUCUUGUGUAUUUGUGAUUGUUUUAUGUUUCGUUUAUAAUUAUAUAGCGGGCUUGUUAUUUUACGUACUACGUAUAUCGUAUCGAAUAAUUUAAAAUAGUGUUUAAAUAUAAAUUUAUGUACUGUAAAUAAUACGUGUGCAGUGAUAGUGAUAACGUCAACGGUCAAGCUCAGCUGGUAUCAACGAGCGGUAAAAUCUCUCGAGUUUUUCUUUGAAGCAGCACUUUUCGUGCUCUAUUUCUUCAAGGUAUGCCGUUAAAUAUUGCAUUAUGACACGCUUGUUUUAAGUAUACACACAGUUUUAUAUGUGGAAAGGGAGCAUUGCAUGUGCUGAUUUAUUAACACAUGUGAUGAAAUUAAAAACGAACAUAUGAUACGCGCGACUUUUGCAAUUUUUGUUUAUCAUUGUCCACAAUAAUAACACGAACUGGCCGUGAUCCAGAUUUUCCAUCGUGUUAUUGCGCGGGAACUUGAGAUAUUUUCGUACUCUAUUAGUCGUACGAUGAUUUGAGACGCGACGUUUUUUAAAAUAUAUCGCUAUAAGUAUAAUUUGGUAUAAAUAAUGUAAAACGCACGUAACGGGUCGGAACGGUUAUUAAGUGUUAAAAAAGUGAAUAUAAAAUGAGUGAUACGCAAGAUGUGCCGGAUUCUGGACCGCCACUGCCAGCUCCGGCCUCCGUGGCGUCCUCCGACACCACGUCGACAACAAGCACAGCUACCACGAACAAGGCUGACUCCACAAGACCUUCCUCUCUGCCGAAACCCUCAGGGUUAAAACCACCAACGAAAAUUGGAAGAUUAUGUUCAAACUCUGCACCGAAGCCAGCCGUGCCUAUCUCUCCUAGAACUGACGGCAGCUCCUCGGAUACGCUGAGAAAGCUCAGUGACGACUUGUCCAGAAAACAUUUGUCUGAUUUAAUCGAAGCCGAGGAGGACGAGGUGUCUAGCAGUCAGCCGGACAAGCCGCGAACAUAUCGCAAGGCGUCCACUAGCAGUAACUACAGCGGCACCUCGAUGGACGUACUCUGGGAGAAACAUCCGCGGCGGCUCAGCGAGGCCGGCCUCAGGAGGUCCUCAGAUCACAGUGUCAUUUUGACAGAAGACACUGACAGUUUCAUAAUCGGCGAACGCGUUUGGGUGGGCGGCACUAAGCCCGGCCAAAUCGCCUACAUCGGAGAAACACAGUUCGCCCCUGGAGAAUGGGCAGGCAUUGUGCUCGACGAACCUAUUGGUAAAAACGACGGAUCGGUAGCGGGCGUGCGUUAUUUUCAGUGUCCUGAAAAGCGUGGUGUAUUUUCUCGGCUUACUCGCUUGACGCGAGUGCCGCUCAUAUCGGCCACGCCGCACGAUGCCUCGCCAGUGUCCGACGCGGGCAGCGUGUUCGAACGACCGCCGUCUGGCGCCGCCAGGCCUAGGCGCACACUCUCACCGAACGGAAGUAUCCGCAGCAUUGUCAGCAGCAAGAUGAAUGCUUCUAUAUCCACAACGACCAACGGAGAAGUUCGCACGGGUGAUCGCGUCAUAGUAUCGAGUAGUCGAGGCAGCAAAGCUGGAACCCUUCGUUUUGUCGGGCCGACAGAGUUCGCUCCGGGUGUCUGGGCCGGUGUGGAGCUGGAUGAUCCGCUUGGCAAAAAUGACGGAUCUGUCGACGGGAAGAGAUACUUUGAGUGCGCACCUCGCUUCGGGCUAUUUGCGCCCGUGUCGAAAGUGUCGCGGUCGCCGUCCAACCGCAAGCCGGGCGCGUGCGCCAUCCACAGCAACGGCAGGAUGACACCGCUGCGUCGGUCCAACUCGCGCGAGUCGCUCACGUCGCUGGGCACGUCGAUCGCGUCGUCGCGCGCGGGGGUGAGGCUCGGGGUGACGUCGCUGGGCGCACAGCGUGUCGGCGGUCCGCGCGCCUCGUCCACGCCCGUAUCGGCGAAGAACGCCCUGCAGGAAUUGCUGAGAGAAAAGCAGCAACAUCUGGAGCGGUUGAUGCGCGAACGGGAACUUGAGCGUGCUGAAGUGGCGAAGGUCUCGCUGCAAGUGGACAGAGCCGAGACCGCACUCUCACAGCUUAAGAAGGAGGCAACACAAGCUAACAACGAGAAUGCUAAGCUCAAGGCGGAGCUGGACAAGCUCAACAAACUGCUGGACGACGAACGACAGAAGGUGGAGGAUCUCAUGUUCAGGAACGAAGAGGAGAACAUCAAUAAAGAAGAUUACAAUAAAUAUAAAGAAGCGAUGGAGAACGAAAAAAUCAGUCGAGAGCAGCGCAUUCGUGAGCUGGAAGCGGAGGCGGCGCUCCAGAAGGCGCGCGCCGAGGCGCUGGAGGAGCAGCGCGGCGCCGAGGCCGCCGCCGCCACCGCCGCCGCCGAACAACACAAGGAAGAGCUAACCGCCGCUCAAACGUUGUCAUCAGAACUUCAAAAAUUAUUAGAUGAAGCUUACGCUCUUCUAAAAGAAAAGGAAAACGAAAAAGAUUCGUUAGGUAAAAGUAUGUCCGAUGAACUAGCACGGGUCAAAACAGAAUCGGAAAAGGCAUUGAAUGAGAGCAAGACUAAAUUGGCAAUAGCGCAAACGGAAUUCGAAACUCAAAUUUCUGUGCUGACGGCCAAAUUACAACUAGCCGAAUCAAAACUGGAAACCGAGAAGCAAACGUUGGAGAGAAUAAAUAAAGAAAAUAGUCAAACUAUCAUCGACCUUAAUACCAAAUUGACACAAUUACAGGCUACUGUUGAUGAUAAAACCCUUGAAUUGAACAAAGUAAUCGCUGUCAAUAAGGAACAUGAAGUCCAUCUUAAUAAGGAAAUAACUAAGCUAAAAAUGGAACUAAGUGCCAAAGUGUUGGAUUAUGAACAACUUGAAGAUUCCAAGAAAAAACAAGAGACAGCUUGUAAAACUCUGCAAGAUGAAAUCACACGCGUAAAAGAAGAAUAUUCAACAAAAAUUAAUGAAUAUGAAAGUUUGUUAAAUGAAGUCACACAACAAAAUGAAAAGAGUAAAUCCGAGAUUUUAGAAUUACAACAAAAUCUAAGCGCAAAAAUUAAAGACUACGAGAAGUUACUUGCCGAAUCCAACACAAAUUCAACGUCCACUGAGAAACUAGUCAAUGAAUACAAAGAAACAAUUCAUGAAAGAGAUAAAGAAAUCAUAAAACUCAAAGAUGAUUACGAACAAGCAACAGCUAACUUUAAUAUCAAGCAUAGCAAGAUCGCUGAAGAACAUAAAAAAGAAAUAGAUGAACGUAAUACAAAAAUAGAACAACUUCUCAAAGAAAUCGAAAGUCACAAACAGAACCUUGAUCAGAGCAAACUAGAGUUCGAUAAACUAAAUUCACAAUUUAAUUUGAAUGCCGAUGAAUUAAAAAUUCUCAAAGAGGAAAAUGAUAAACUUAAAGAAUUAGUUAAUAAAUUGACUCAGGACAAUAAUGACCUUAAAACAAAAAUGUCUGCAAUGGAAUUGGAAAUUGGAGAAUUGAACCGACAACAUAGCAGCGUGUUAGAAAAAUGUGAAGAAUUACAAAAGUCAAAAGAAAAAGUAGAAGCGGAAUAUUUGAACCUAACUGGACAAACUACAGAUUCUAACGAACAAUUUAAUCAACUAUCAUUGCAUUUAAAAGAAACAGAAAAAGAACUUCAAGACUUUAAAGAUAAACACAGGGAGACUGUUAAUAACUAUGCUAGAACUGAACAAGAAUUAAAACAAAAGUUAUUCAAAUUGCAAGAAGAGUCUUCUCUGGAGCAAAAUCAACUUGUACGCUCAAUAAGUGAAAAUGUUGAAAAACUUCAAGAAGCUGAAAAUAAGAUCAAAGAAUUUGAAACACAAGCAAUUGAAAUCAACAAUCGCUUUAGAGAUGUUCAAGUAAUGAACGAAAACUUAAACGAUGAAAAUACCAUUCUAAAAGAAGAAGUUGAAAGACUUAAAUUAAAAGAACAAGAACUAGCUAUUGAAUAUGAAGCAAAGUGUAAAAAACUUGAGAUAGAUAUAGAUAAGCAUAAAGAAGAAAUAUCACUGUUAAAAGCUGAGGGUGCCACAUCAGAAGUGAAACUUAUGGAAAAAGUGGAUCAAUUAACUAUAGCACAAAAUGAUUUAAACAACAAGCUUGAAGAAGCUAGAAAACACGAAGACUCCUUGCAAAAAAUUCUAGAAGAUAUGACAACUCAAUUGAAUAAUCAGAAAAGUCAACAUGAGAUAGAGUUAACACAAGUUAAAACACAGCUAUUAUCUUUUACCGAAGAGUCAAAGAAUCAAAAAGAAGAAGAAGCACGAUUGAAAGAAUCACUUGAAGAAAAGCAGGUUCUUAUCAAAGAUCUAACUUUAAAAUUAGAAAUGCUAGAGGUUGAUUUAAAAUCUAAUAUGGAAAUAGUGAUUGAAAAAGAUCGCCAAAUAACACAAGUGAACGAGGAACUUGGGAAAGCCGUAGAAAGCAGGCAACAUUUAGAAGAAACUUUCAAUAAAGCUCAAAUGGAGAUUUCAUGCUUAAAACAAAAAUAUGAGAGUCUUAUAGCAAAUUCUUCUACCGAAGAAUCGCUACUUAAGGAACAGCUCGGCCAAUUUGAGUCUUUAAAAAAAGAAAACACAGUUUUAACCCAAGAAAAGAGCUCCUUAGAAGCAAAAUGCAAUGAAAUUCUAGGAGAAUUCAAUAAAUUAAAAGAAGAAUACGAGACGACUGUAAAAAAUUUGGUGGAAAAUGUGCGACUGAAUGAUGAACUUAAAAAAGAGUGUCAAGAAAAAGAAAACAUUGUCAAAUCUCAGGACAAUAUCAACAAGACUGAAUCAAAGAAGUUAAGUGUAUUAGAAGAAGAAAUGCUUAAAUUAAAAGAGCAGUUACUUUCAAAGGAAACCGCUUUGCAAGAAAAAGAAGCACAGAUAAAUUUGCUUAACGAAACAUUAAAAUCAGGUUCUAAUGACAUGCAACAUAUAGUAGCGGAAGCUCAUGCGAAAUAUAAUGAAUUAAAUGUAAAAUAUUCCGGUGAAGUGGAAUCUCUAAAUAAAACUAUUAAGACAUUGCAGAGCCAAAUAGCCAACAGUGAAAUACAGAUGGAAGAAUUAAAAUUAUCUAAGGAGAAAGUGACUGAAUUACAACAGUUAUUGGACAAAUCUGAUCAGGACAUAAAACAAUUGACUAAUAUUAAUGAAGCACAAAAAUUAAAUUAUGAAGAUUUAAAUAAACAGCUGCAAUCUCAAUAUGAUGAAUAUAAAAAAGAAAGUAAACACGUUAAACAUGAACUAAAAGCUAAGUUAAACGAUUAUGAAAAAGAACUACAAGAAUCUAAAGAGAAAAUUAAAACUGAGACAGAUAAACAAAGUGAAUUGCAGCAAAAACUGAGCGACGCUGAAAAUAGAAUAACAGAAUUGUCACAAAAACUAGAAUUAAUUGUAGUUCAACAAAGUUCUGAUGCAGAAAAAGAUAGCAAAUUGGAAAAGCUAUCGACUGAAUUACAGUCUUCACGACAAUCUUUAGCAGAGCAUUUAAAAAAUAAUGAAGCAUUAGUAAAUAAUCUAAAGGCUGACAUUGAACGCAAACUUAAGGAUUUGAAACAGAAAGAUGAUUUACUAACGAAGUUGCAAGAAGAAGUCAAUACCCAAAAAGCCAAAUUAGAGAUAGCUGAAAGAGAAAAGGUUAUGUUGCAAAAGGAACUUGCAAAAGGCAAGGAUGUUAAGGACAAAAAUGACAAUAAUGCUGUGGGUAUACUGGGAGAAGGUGAUACUGCAUCACAAAAGACGUUAGAAGAAAAAGAAAUGUUAGACGGCCAAGUGAGUUUCCUGAACUCUGUGAUUGUGGACAUGCAACGAAAAAAUGAGCAGCUAAUGGCGCGGGUGCAGGCAUUGGAAGGCAGUUCCGUUGUCAACGAGCCACCACUGUUUAACGGUCGUAGCAGACGCGCGGUGGCGCCGCGGCUGUUCUGCGACAUCUGCGACGUGUUCGACGCGCACGACACGGAGGAGUGUCCGCGGCAGGCGGCCGAGCCCGACGCGCCCGCGCCCGCGCGCAGCAAGCGCUCGCCGCCCGCGCCGCGACCUUACUGCGAUAUUUGUGAAGUGUUUGGCCACGCUACAGAAAACUGUGAUGAAGAAGAAACAUUUUAAUGUCUAUUUAUUGUUUAUUUUGUUUUAAUGUUACCGUUAUUGUUGUUGACGUUUUGCCUGGGUAUUAUUUAUUAUUGUUUACCAUGGAUAUGGUAUCACUUGUUUAUUAGUCAAAUUCUUAGGCAAUUAUUAUGUGUAAAUAAGAACUAUUUGUUCUCUUUUCUAUUGAGUAAGUCAAUUAUGCACGUUAUUUUAUCAAUAAAUUAGGUGAAUGGUAUUAUUUUUCGUUUGCAUUAUCUGGAUAUAAUGCAUAUUUGAGAAAUCACUUCUUGUAGUGCACAAAUUGAUUAAUUUCCAUCACAAUCAUGAUUUUAAACAUCUCUUAUUGCAUAUUAAUCAACUAAAUAAACACCAAAAUAUUACAGUUUUAUAAACAAUAAAUUAAUUGGAUAACAA